GUGGUGCUCCCAUACUUUGUGACUGUCUGCCGCUGUUUAGAGAGGUAGGACAUUGCAGCAGGGAGGUCACAUGCAAAUGUUCAUCCGAAAGCAAGAAACUAUGCCUCGAGCUUCACAUGCUUUCACCUUCCUCCAGGCCGCUUCGUUCUUGUUUGAAUGGAUUUCCUUGAUCCAACUACAUCAUUUCAUUGACUGUAACGAAGAUGGACGUAGAAGCUAAAUCGAAGGAGAUAAAAAUCUUGGCAGCAUGACUUCCAAGAACUUGAAUUCCACUGUCGCAUUGGCAUUGGCAUUGGCACAGAGUCUUCUGCUUUGUACAAUAUUUAAAUGCUGCUGCUCGUUCAAUCUCUUUUCAUUUCCUCGAGACAGAGCGUUUGAAUUUUGAACUGCAGCAGCAGCAGCAGCAGCAGCUUACGCUUUACCCUUGAAUCAGAUGCCGAGGUCGAGGCGUUUUCUUUCCAUGGCGUCCAGGGUAUCAGAUGCGUCGCAGCGGCAGUCGCCGCUCCACCUCAAGAGCACCGCCAGAUCGGAGGCCAACGCCGCGCGCCGCCCCGCCGGCAAGGAACGCAGCCCCAAGGUGUCCCCUCGCGGCGGUGUCUUGCAAGAGAGGAAAAGGGGCACGGAGCUGGUUGAUAUGGAAACCAGGCUGAGUAAGGUGCAGGAGGAGCUCAAGAAGCUGCGGAAUCGACUGGCCUCGGCGGAGGUCGCCAAGCUGGAAGCCGAGGAAGCUCUCGUCCGGGCCAAGAAGCGAAUCCCGGCAGCCCCACCGGCCCCCAAAGAAUCAGGCGAAGAAGAUGAGGAUGAGCGAGAGCGAGAGAGCAGAUCCGAAGGAGAAGCAGUUACUUCGCCAGAGACGAUGGAUGUAUUCGAAGUCGUAAUCCCAGCCGAGUCCGUGCCGGAGGAGAUGAAGACGAUGGUCGCGAAGGAAGCCGUGGGAGAGGACGGAAAGGAGAAAGAGGAAAAGAAGGGAGAUCCAUCGGUGGAAGAUCUCGAAGCCAAACUGCUCGAGAAGGAGAAGGAGGCGGAGAUCCUGCUCGAAGAGAACAUGGUCUUCAAGACGCACGCCGCGGAGGAGGCGAAUCGGAUCGCCAGCGCCGCGGGAGCGAAGGAGACGGAGCUGCUGGCGAAGCUGAGUUCGAUGGAGGAGGAGAUGCAAGAGAGCGAGGCGAGGGCGAGGCGGCUGGCGGAGCAGCUGGAGGCGGCCGAGGGCGCAAAAUCGGCGAUGGGGGAGGAGAUGAAGCGGCUGAGGGCGCAGACGGAGCAGUGGCGGAAGGCCGCGGAGGCCGCGGCGGCGGCGGUGCUGGCGGACGACGACGACGAAGUGGACAAGCACAUCGCGGCCUGGGCAUCGCCGCUGGCGAUGGAGGAGGGCGACUGGAAGAGGAGGAAGGGAGCUGGGAUUCGAAUGUUCGGGGAACUCUGGAAGAAGAAGAAGAAGGGGCAGCAGAAGUGAAGCUCCGAUGGCUUUUUUGUUUCCUUGGACUCUCUCUCUCCCCUCUCUUUCGCCACUUCACCGCACGCCAUCGUCCAUG